AUGGCGCCCGAGAGCUUUAUUGUCUCAGGGGACAAACUGACCGGGCCCAAGAACAGCACCAUCCUCAUCACUGGGGGUAGCAGCGGGAUUGGACUGCAGACAGCAGUUCUCCUCCACGACCUCGGCAACAAUGUUGUCGUGCUGGAUCGCGCGCAACCUCAUGCGUCUGCACCGAAAUCACUGACCUCGUCAUCUCGAUUCCUGUACCAGCAGUGCGACAUAACCUUGUGGAAAUCGCAAAGGGCGGCAUUUGAGGCCGGUUUCCAAAAGUUUGGUUCCAUCGACGGCGUCUUUGUGAAUGCGGGGGUUGCCGAAUACAAAGAUCAGUUUUUCCAAGAUGGAAUGGACAAGGACGGUUUACUCGAGGAGCCCGACCGCCGGACGUUGGACAUCGACAUGCACGCCGCCAACGAUACAACAAAGCUGGCCAUCCACUACAUCAAGAAAGGGCCCGAAAAGAAGAAUGGAGGGAGCAUUGUCAUGACUGCUAGCCUCGCAGGUUACCUUGCCAGCGCCGGGGCUCCCCUGUACAGCGCUGCCAAACACGGUAUCGUAGGCUUGAUGCGGGCAUUGAAAAACGACACCGCCAAACUAGGAAUUGCUAUUUCAGUCGUUGCGCCGGGCAUCACUUUGACGGACAUCAUUGCGGGACGAAAAUCCGGAGAGUCUUUGUCAGAUUGGGCAAAGAGGAUGCGGGCGCUAGGAGUUCCCAUCAAUGACCCCUCGGAGAUCGCAGCUUAUGUAGUGCAUUUGAUGAGCCUGGGGAUGGAGGCUAACGGCAAAGGGUUGCUGAUCCAGGCCGGUCGCGCAGUGGACGUAGAACAAGGUAUUGCCACCUCGAGAAAGAUAUGGAUGGGAGAAGAGAUGUUGAGACUAUUUCGGGGUGGGAGAAAUGCACCGCUGUUUCCGAAUCGGUUGUAG